AUGGAGCUUCGUUCUCGCAAGAGAGUCGCCGGGCCUUCUACCGAUGGAAAUGAGAAACAUCAGGAAGAGGAAGAUAUAAUCCAGGGCACCGAAAGCUCUGAUGAAGAUACUUAUUUACCGUCUGCGUCUUCUGCUUCUGAUAGCGAAGAAGGUGAAGAGCAUCGAUAUAAUGUUGACUUAAAUGAUAAACCAAGUGUUAUAAUCCCUAUACCCAAAAAUGGGAAGGUGGGGCGAAAGAAGGUCAGAGGAGAACCAAUUUACGAAGAGAAAGCACACAAAUUGACUCAGCAACCAGUCGAAAUUGACUAUUUUGGGUUGCACAAGAAAAAAAAGAAAAAGAGUUCUAAAGAUAGGGAGGCAAAGCAGCGCUUGAAGUGGAAUAUCUGGGAAGAGGAGCAUGAUAAAUGGAUUGAUGACAAUGUAACUGAGGAUUUUGAUCUGGAAAAUCAGAAUAAUGUGAUAAGUGAAGUUUCUGAGGCACCAUCUGAUCUAAUUAUGCCUUUACUAAGGUACCAAAAGGAAUGGUUGGCCUGGGCCCUCAAACAAGAAGAGUCUGAAACCAGAGGAGGAAUCCUCGCAGAUGAGAUGGGAAUGGGCAAGACUAUACAAGCGAUUGCUCUUGUCCUUGCUAAACGUGAAAUUAAUUGGACAUUUAAUGAACCAGGUUCCUCCACAAGCUUUCCUGGAAUCAAAGGCACCCUCGUAGUCUGUCCUGUGGUUGCCGUGAGCCAAUGGGUAAAUGAGAUAGAGAGGUUUACUUCAAAAGGAAGCACAAAGGUUCUGGUUUAUCAUGGGGCCAAUAGAGAGAAGAGUUCUAAACAGUUCUCGGAAUAUGAUUUUGUCAUUACUACAUACUCCAUUGUUGAGGCCGAUUACAGGAAGAACGUGAUGCCUCCCAAACAGAAAUGCCAUUAUUGCGGAAAGUUGUUUCAUGAGAAGAGACUGUCCGUUCACUUGAAAUAUUUUUGUGGGCCUCAUGCAUUUAGAACUGAGAAGCAGUCUAAGCAACAAAGGAAAAAGCAUCUACAAUCAAUACCACAGAAGACAUUUGAGCCUGUUAAAGACAAGAAGCAUGGAGGUUCCAGGAAGAGAUCAAAGCUGCACAAGGAUAAUGAUAUGGAUUCAGAAGAUGUUGGACAAGGCUUCAGCAGAGCAAAGUCGGUUUUGCAUGCUGUGAAGUGGAACCGCAUUAUUUUGGAUGAGGCGCAUUAUAUAAAAUCUAGGCGUUGUAAUACUGCAAGAGCUGUUCUUGCCUUAGAGUCUUCGUACAAAUGGGCUCUAAGUGGCACACCCCUUCAGAACCGUGUUGGAGAACUGUAUUCUUUGGUGCGGUUCUUGCAAUUAGUCCCCUACUCGUAUUACUUGUGCAAAGACUGUGAUUGCAUAACUCUUGAUCAUAGUUCCUCAACACAAUGUUCAAAUUGCCCUCAUAAUUCAGUCAGACAUUUUUGUUGGUGGAAUAAAUAUGUGGCGACGCCAAUACAGUUAUAUGGAAAUCAAUUCCGAGGAAAAAGGGCAAUGCUAUUGCUAAAACAGAAAAUUUUAAAGAACAUAGUCCUGCGACGAACUAAAAGGGGCAGGGCUGCUGAUCUUGCUCUUCCUCCUAGAAUUGUUUCAUUGAGGAGGGACACCUUGGAUAUCAAAGAACAAGAUUAUUACGAGUCACUAUAUAAUGAUAGUCAGGCACUAUUUAACACAUAUGUCAAUGAUGGAACUGUGAUGAACAAUUAUGCUCACAUAUUUGAUCUUCUCACACGCUUGCGGCAGUCUGUUGAUCAUCCUUACCUUGUGGUGUAUUCUGCAACUGCUGCACUGAGAAACGAAGGCAGGGUUAAUAAUGAUAUCAAUGAGCAAGUAUGUGGCAUUUGUCAUGAACCAGCAGAAGAUGCAGUGGUUACUGCUUGUCAACAUGCCUUUUGCAAGGCUUGCUUGAUUGAUUUUUCUGCUUCUUUGGGACAAGGCUCAUGCCCUACAUGCCCUACAUGCCCUACAUGCUCAAAAGUACUUACUGUUGAUUUAAUUACAAACCUAGGUGCUGCUAAUCCGACCACCAAAACUACCAUUAAGGGGUUUAGAUCCUCAAGCAUUAUGAACAGAAUUCAGCUUGACAACUUUCAGACUAGUACAAAAAUUGAGGCUUUGAGGGAAGAAAUCAGAUGCAUGGUUGAAAAGGAUGGCUCUGCAAAAGGAAUUGUUUUCAGCCAGUUCACGGCAUUCUUGGAUCUCAUUAACUACUCCUUGCAAAAGUCUGGUAUCAAGUGUGUCCAGUUAGUUGGAAGCAUGACAAUGUCCGCAAGGGAUAAUGCUAUAAAGACAUUUACCGAGGAUCCAGAUUGCAGGAUUUUCUUAAUGAGCUUGAAGGCCGGAGGUGUUGCUCUUAAUCUUACAGUUGCAUCACAUGUAUUUUUGAUGGACCCGUGGUGGAACCCGGCUGUUGAGCAGCAAGCGCAAGAUAGAAUCCACCGAAUAGGCCAGUACAAACCCAUCAGAAUUGUGAGAUUUGUAAUCGAGAACACAAUUGAGGAGAGGAUUCUAAAGCUACAGGAGAAAAAGGAACUAGUGUUCGAGGGUACUAUCGGUGGUUCUUCAGAUGCCCUCGGAAAGCUGACGGAGGCUGACUUGAAAUUCCUCUUUGUCACUUAA